AUGGAGAAAACGCAUUUCGCUACACUCCAGAUCUCAGACGCUCUCGCUGAGCAGCUUUCUAGACAGAACGAGGAGGAUCUGUCCAUCCGCGAGUAUAUUCAAUUGUCCAUCCAUUCCAAGCAGUGCAGAUAA